GUGAGAGAGAGGGAGCGAGAGAGAGAGAGAAGUGUGUGGAGAGUAAGAGAGCGAGAGACGAAGGAGGGAGACACAGACCACUGUUAGAGGAGGGUGCCGGCUGUGCACGGUAACGGCUGCAGACAACACACGCAGAUAGAGAGACGGACUCCAGCGCUGCACACACACUCACACAAACCUGCAUAAAGAGUGUGUGAGACAUGCCAAGGCUGCUGCCCAUGGACACACACACACACAACCUGGCAGGGCAUCCGAGAGGACAUACAGACCCCUAUGUCUAAGGAGUCAUGGAGAGCAGCAUGUUUUUCGGUAAUGCAUGUCAAAAUGGCCUCCUGCCGACGCUGAUACGUCCUGCUCUGCCCACCGUCCAGCAUUCUCUGGGAAUGAAGCAGUUCCAGCUCCCGUUUCCCCUGGAUACGGCCUCAGCAGUCAGCCUUUUCCCCGGCUUCGGCACGAUGGACCCAGUUCAGAAAGCUGUUAUGCAUCACACGUUUGGAGUUCCUCCCUUGGCGAAGAGAAGACACGUCUCGUGCAGCGUGUGCCAACUGAGAUUCAACUCACAGAGCCAAGCCUUAGCCCACUACAAAGGAACAAAACACGCCAAGAAGCUGAAAUCUCUGGACGCUACCAAAUGUAAGCUCAAAGGUUCAGUGGUCACCAAGGAAACCACCAACCACGAAACCCCUAAGAGCAUCAACCCUCCAGCAAUGUGCUACGGCACUGACAGGAAAGAUGGCUUUCCAGGUGCCUCGCCACUACCACUAUCUCCUGUGCUCACACUGGCUCCAACCCUGAGAUCCCUGGCAUCAACCCUGGCACCCAUGACAUCAAUGUUACCACCCGUGGCACCUACGCUGGCAUCGAGUCCCAACUCAUCCACAGGGACAGAGACUACCUCAGCUACAGGAUGGGACGACCGGGCCUCGCCCAAACCCAGCUCACCUUUAGAACCAGACAUGGAGGUGAAGCAAGAGGCUGAGACGGACGCGGAGACAGAGGAAGAGAAAGCCAGGCGUCUGCUCUACUGCUCGCUCUGCAAGAUGGCCGUCAACUCGGCAUCCCAACUGGAGGCUCAUAACAGCGGUACGAAGCACAAGACCAUGCUAGAGGCCAGGAGUGGUGUGGGCUCCAUCAAGUCCUUCCCCCGGCCAGGGGUCAAGAGUAACCUAGCUCCGCCCACCAAGGCAGUCACGGGCCUGCAGAACAAAACAUUUCACUGUGAGAUCUGCGAUGUACACGUCAACUCUGAGACACAGCUAAAACAGCACAUCAGCAGCAGACGUCACAAAGACCGAGCGGCAGGCAAACCGGCCAAACCCAAAUACAGUCCCUACAGUAAACCCCCGAAAAGCCAGGCCACACAACCAGUGAAGCUGACAGUGGGGAAGGAAUUGUGCCAACCUCAGAUAACCCAGAUAAUGCCCGCUCACCUGGCAGCAUUGGCAGCAGCAGCCAUGGGCUCGGCCUUCCCUGGCCUCCGCUCCACCCACGCUCCCUCCCAUGGCCCCACCCUUUUUCAGACACAGACCCUCCCUGCUGCCCUGCUCCGCCCCGCCCCCGGGCCUGUCAGGACCUCCCAUACACAGUUACUGUUUGCCCCCUACUGACUCACAACCCCACCCUAMAGACUCRAUGGACURCCCAUGACGGKCGUGCCACGGAGGUUGUUAUGAACCAGAGUCCCCUUCCCUCUGCUUAUCCCUCUAUACAUUUGAACCACAGGCCACCUUCACCAGAAUAUGGGGAUAAUAGGCACASAGGWAUUGUUUAACCCAUACUGKCAGAUAAACCCUACUGYGCUGGCCAGARCUCSCGUUAUGGAUUUCCCAAGGAACCCAUCAAUGACCCAGAAUUGAUCAGCGUCCCCUUCCCUCUGCUGUUCCCCCUACAUUCAGAGAAGAACCACACCGGAACGAAUAACGGCUCAAAUAAACAGAUGGCCGCGGUGUGUUAGCGAUCACCUGCUGGGUGUGAACGAUCCAACAUGUAGAAUCAUGGGGAAAUAAUAGCCGAUAUUCUGGUCAGAGGCGAUAGGACGGCCACCCAAGGCUUUUAACCGUUCGUUGUCCUGGUGUGUAUUCUCUGAAGACUACCAUCUUCACCAAAACAUGUGGACUACAGACAACCUGAAGCAUUACAUCUGGACUACUGCCCACUCUAUUCCAUUUGGAUUACUACUGCUCUACAGUAUUAACCUUGCAUCUCCUGUUCCACUGGACUACAGGCCAGUCUCAUCAUUACUGAGUCAUUGACUCAUCACAAUUCCCUCCUAUAGUAGCUAGUACUUAGUAGUACCCACACAGCCACCCACGUUCCUGUGCCAUUCUCUUACCCAUGAGUCAUACCCAAGGACAGGACUUGGAGUUAUAUUGUACUGCAAUAAUGUAUAAGACAAACCAGUGAACUAUGCAGUGUCAUUUCUGUCUAAUGCAAGGCACAGUUUGAGCUAUAAAUGUGCUAUAGGGAUAUCAUGUUUGUAAAGAUAGUGUCGUACUAAGAUCAUUGCUUCAGUGGAGGUAGCUAUCACUCAUGUUUGUAAAAAAGACUGGUAAGGAUCUCCUCUUUUGCUGUUUGCACUUUAAGUCCCCUCUCUGUUGACGUCUGCAGUGCAUUAGAUGGCUAGAGUAUGUGUUGUAGUUUCUCUUGCAUUACGUGUCUGUGUCUGUUAGUGUGUACGUGUUUGUUUCUUUGUGUGUGUGCGUAUGUGUGUGGGUGUAUAUGGGCGUUUGUGUGUGACCUUGCCCUCCACCUUAAAGCCAUCCCAGCUGACACCCAAUAACCAUUCUGAAUGACCACGUCAUGGGCUCAAGGGACCACUAAGGCUUGUGUAUAAUAUCUGUUAAUGUGUAAAAGAUGAACAAUUUCAAAUAAAAGAGUCUUACUUUGUUAA